UUGUCUUUAAGUUGAAGGGUCAACAUGGCGGAGUAUGGAGGCCUCAGGGUGCCGACGAGGAGCUACAGCCGCUUCUCCUGUGCAAACUUCAAACUGAUCUACACGGACUGGGCCAACCACUACCUUGCCAAGUCAGGACACAAGCGUCUGAUCAAGGACCUGCAAACAGACGUCACAGACGGUGUGCUGCUGGCAGAGAUCAUCCAGGUCGUAGCCAAUGAGAAGAUUGACGACAUCAAUGGCUGUCCAAAGAGCCGUUCUCAGAUGAUUGAGAACAUCGACGCCUGCCUCAGUUUUCUGGCAGCCAAAGGAGUCAACAUCCAGGGUCUGUCUGCAGAGGAGAUCCGAAAUGGUAAUCUGAAAGCCAUCCUUGGCCUCUUCUUCAGCUUGUCCCGCUACAAACAGCAGCAGCAGCAGGCCCAGCGGCAGAACUCCCAGCCCUCUCUCCCCUCCACGGCCCAGUCCCAGAGCACGCACCCCCCUCUGAGCCACCAGAGCAGCGCCCCUGCACAGCUCAGCCACUCUCCGCAUGGGACUCCUGCCCUCACAGCCCAGAAAGCAGCACAGGCCGAGAUGCAGUCCAGGGAUGGCUCUCAGAGUAAACUACUCAAGUUUUCCCUUGGUCAGAAAAAGACCUCUAGACUUCCCGGCCCCUCGGCGAGGGUGUCCACUGCCGGCAGUGACAUCCCUCCAAGAGGCUCGGUCAGUGCUGCUGGGAACCGACGCAGCCAGGGCUUCAGUGACAAGACCAAAGCCAACUCACAACUGAACAAAGAUUCCUCAGAGGGCAUGACCUCACAGCCUUCGGUGAUGACUGAGCAUGCUCUGUCGUCCGCAGUGACCGCCAGCUCCUCCACCAGCAUCCCUGCUGCUACCUCCGCCCUGAAUCCUCCAUCUUCAUCAUCAUCAUCAUCCUCCUCCACAGCCAUCCCCCAGCCCAACAGCAACAACAAGCCCUGGAGGAGCAAAUCCAUAAGCUCCAAGAACACCUCCUCUCCUUCCACCAGCACGUCAACGCCAUCUGCCAUGCAGGCAGUAAAGCAGGAGAAGGACUCUUCAUGUAAAACCACCCUUACAAGUGAAGCUCCUCCAAAGGCUGUUGCUCAGAAGUCAAUGCUAGAGAAGCUAAAGCUCUUUAACAGUAAAGGGGGCUCCAAAUCUUCCUCCUCCUCCAAUGGAGUAGCGGCACAGACUGAUAAUGCUGCCCCAGGCAGGCAGCUCAGUGUGGAGAGAGCUGAGACCGGCUCCAACACCGACCCCCUGGAGGAGGAUGACGGCAACGUCCGGCCAGGAAUGAAUGGUACCAGCAACGGGACAGUCAACGGAUCAGCUCCUGCAGCAAGUACGACCAUCACUACGACAGCCAGCAGCCCCAAAAUCGCCCUGAGGGGCAUCGCCCAGCGCACUUUCAGCAGAGCUUUAACUGCCAAGAAGGGCUCUGUCAAAGGUGCAGAGAAAGACAAGGAGAGGGGGAAGGACAAGGAGAAAGGUAAAGACAUGGGGAAGCGUGUCUCAGUACCUGAAAGGACAGAGCUCAGGGGGGAUGAGCCUAAAGAGGAAGCAGCACCCUUAGCUGCAGAUACAGAGAGCUCAAACAAGAAGACCUCUAAAAUCACCAGCUUCAUCCCUAAGGGGGGUAAAGUGGCCAAAAAGGAGAGUUCCACCCCUGCACACAGCGGAAUACCAAAGCCAGGAAGUAAAGGAGUCGGGGGUAAGGCCUCCUCAGUGAAGGAGGCAGGGGAGAGGCCUCGGAGCAUGCGAUUAGGAGGUGGUCUCGCCAUGCACCGGGGCCCCCUGGACAGAGACAGAGACAGUAGACACUCCAGCUCCACUUCCAGCCUGGCCUCAACGGAAGGAAAGAGCAGCGCCGCCCCGGUGGCAGGAGGAGGCACUACACAGAGCACAGCCAGCAACACGGUCAGCGUGCAGCUACCUCAGACGCAACAGCACCACAGCCACCCCAACACGGCCACCGUCGCACCCUUUAUGUACCGAUCCCAAACUGACGGCGAUGGCACGACGAACACUGAGAGCGGCUCAGGAGGAGUAGGAGGCGACGUUUCCUUCACCAAGAGCAGCCAGCUCUCCAUAGAGGACUUAUCAGGUGAAGACCCAGAGACGAGGAGGUUACGUACGGUCAAAAACAUAGCAGACCUGCGGCAGAACCUGGAGGAGACCAUGUCCAGUUUACGAGGAACUCAGGUCACACACAGCACCUUGGAAACCACCUUUGAUGGCAGCGUCACCACAGACAUCAGCAGCAGCAAUGUCAGUGGAGGUGGCAACAACAGUGGGAGUGGCCGGAGCAUCCUCAGCCUCACCUCCAGUCGCCCCUCCCUGUCGUCGUGGCGGCUUGGCCAGUCCAGCCCUCGUCUGCAGGCAGGCGAUGCCCCUUCAAUGGCGAACAGUUACGGCGGUCGCGUGGUAGGCGGACAGGGGGGCCGGUACCUUUACCCUGGGCAUCUCAGGCGUCAGCUGGCAGGCCGGGGAGGAGCCCUCUGUAGCUUGGAUCUGGGAGACAGAGCCGGAGACGACAUCGACCUGGACAGCAUCUCUAUGGAGGUCACAGGAUACAUGAGCGAUGGAGACGUGCUGAGCAAGAAUGCUGCACGCACUGAUGAUGUCACCAGCGGCUAUAUGACAGACGGAGGGUUGGGUCUGUACACGAGACGCUUGAACCGGCUUCCCGACAGCAUGGCCGCCGUCAGAGAGACACUCCAUCGAAACACGUCGUCAGGACAGGGAGAUGCUGACAGCUGGGAUGACAGCAGUUCAGUGAGCAGUGGCAUCAGCGACAACAUCGACACAGAUGACAUCAACACCAGCUCCUCCAUCUCUUCCUACGCCAACACGCCUGCUGCACAGCGUAAAGGCCUCAGCACACAGCCUGUGACGGAUGCAGAGAAGCACUCGGCCUCCACAGCGGUGCACCAGGUCCUGUCAGGAGACGAGGCGAAGAGACCAGACGGCGGGUCAGACAGUGGGGUCAGGAUGGAGCCAGGCUCCAAGUGGGGCCGCCGGAACCCCUCCGACAUCUCAGACGAGUCCGACAAGGGCGGCUCAGGGAGGAAGACCCCCUCUGUGUCCCACACGGGCUCCUGGAGGAGAGGAAUGAGCACUCAGGUGGGGGUGACCUCCCCCAGGACUAAAAGCACCAGUAGCACAGGAUCAACUGGCUCCGUCGGCCUCAAGAGCCACAGUUCAGGGAAGACGGAUGAUGUCAAGGUGUCAGAAAAAGGUCGUCUUUCUCCUCGCCCUAACGGCCUUCACCGUUCGCCCUCAGAUGCCGGACGCAGCAGCGGCGAUGAGGCAAAGAAACAUUCAACGUCCUCCAGCCGCACAGCGACCACACACGCCCUCACCCACACAGUCUCAGACCCCCAGUCUCAAACACAUUCACUCACCUCAAGGGCCCCCACCAGCACCUUUGGCUUCAAGAAGCAGGGCUCUGGAAUGGUUACCAUGGUUACUGCCAGUGGUGCUACCAUCACAAGUGGCUCAGCCACCCUGGGGAAGAUGCCCAAAUCUGGGGGACGCUCACUUACAGGGGGAUUAAAGUCAGGUGGUCAGGAUGGGGGUUCAGUGCUGGGUCACCAUGAUGAUGGCUUCCUCCCCAUGAGCGCCCGUUCCACGCUGCAGUACCGCAGCCUGCCCAGACCCAGUCGCUCAGGAGCAGCCGCACGCAACGGAAACCGCUCCUCCACCAGCAGCAUUGAGGCCGCCGUGCUCUCUGUCACAUCUCAUGGGAAAAACUCACUCAGCAUUACUAAGGCUAACGGCACCGGAGGGCUGCUGGCCAAUCAGACCGACCGGGAGAAAGGCGUCUCAGAGAUGGACAACCUCAGAAGUGGAGCCAUACUGCAGAGUGGAGGAGCGGCGACUGUUCCUCUGACAGGGAGACAGCAGGUUUCUUCGCCCACUCUACGCAGGUUAUUCGGUGGGAAGCCCAGCAAACAGGCUCCAGUCACUACGGCUGAAAACAUGAAGAACUCCACUGUUAUCUCAAACCCCCAUGCCACCAUGAACCAUGUGACCACGGUGCUGGAGUCUCCUGAUGGAGGCCUUGGAGGAGGGGACAGUGAGACCAGCAGCCCCCUGUUUGGAGGCAGAGUGCAGGGAUCAGGGAUGGGGACGUUGGGCAGUGAGCAGGCCUCCAGUCCCGGCUCAGUCUACUCCUCCACCGGUCCCUCCAACAGCCUGACCUGGGGCACCACCUUCAGCAGCUCCUCCGCCCAGAGCAGGGAGAGCACGCUGGGUGGACACGGUGGGACGGGCAGCAUGGGAUUCCCCUCCGUCAGCAGCAUGCACACCAGCAGUGAGUCCAUCGACAUGAGUCUGGGCAGCGCCAGCCACGGCACCCACAGGGAGGACACGCUGUCUGCUCUUGGUCGCACAGGCAGCGUGAAGACGGGCAUGUCUGAGAGUCCCCUCUCCUCCCCCUCUGCUAGCCCUAUAUUCAGCCGAAACACACUGCCUCGGAAGCAGGACAGCGGGACUCACUGUGGUAGAAACACUCUGCCUAAGAAAGGACUCAGGUACGGGCCGUCACCUCAGCUGCGAGGCCACGAGGAGGCCCGUGAUUGGCUGCGCUCCCACUCCACCAGCGGGCUUCAGGACUCGGCCAGCAACUCCCCAUUCUCCCCUGGCUCCAGCCUCACUUCCCCCUCAGGCACUCGCUUCAACUUUGGACAGCUUGCCUCCAGCCCGACCUCAACAGCUCAGAUCAACCUUGCCGGCAUGCGCAACAACAGCCUGACCAAUCAGGACGUCUCUUUUGACCCGUGCAGUGACAACCGACUGAGAAACUCGUGCAUGUCACUCGAUGAGAAGACUCGCACCAUGAGCAGGUCGGGCUCCUUCAGGGAUGGCUUCGAGGAAGUUCAUGGAUCAUCACUGUCUCUGGUCUCCAGCACAUCUUCCAUUUACUCCACUAACGAGGAGAAGUCUCAGUCGGAGAUCCGAAAGCUGCGCCGGGAGCUGGAUGCCUCCCAGGAAAAGGUUUCUGCCCUGACAACACAAUUGAGCGCCAAUGCUCACCUGGUGGCAGCUUUUGAACAGAGUUUGGGCAACAUGACCAUCAGACUGAAGAGUCUCACCUUAACAGCAGAGCAGAAGGACUCUGAGCUGAAUGAGCUGAGGAAGACCAUCGAGCUGCUGAAGAAGCAGAACGCCGUGGCUCAGGCUGCCAUCAAUGGAGUCAUCAACACACCUGAACUCACAAAUAAAGGAGAUAGGACAGCGGGCAGUAACGGCAGUCCACAACAGCAGCAGAAACAGCAGCAUCAGCAGAAUCAGCAGCCAGACCUGCGCAUCAGGCGUCAGCACUCGUCCGACAGCGUCAGCAGCAUCACCAGUGCAACCAGCCACUCCAGUGUUGGCUCCAACAUGGACGCCGAUGCAAAAAACAAGAAGAAGAACAAGAAAAACUGGCUGCGGAGCUCCUUCAAACAAGCAUUCAGCAAGAAGAAAUCUCCAAAGUCUGCCUCAUCUCACUCAGACAUCGAGGAGAUGACCGACUCAUCACUGCCGUCCUCGCCCAAACUGCCCCACAACGGCACCACGGCCUCCAGUCACAUGCUCAGGAACACGCACUCCAACUCACUAUUGUCCGAGUGUUUGGAUAGCGAGGCGGAGACGGUGAUGCAGCUGCGGAGUGAGCUCAGGGAGAAGGAGAUGAAGUUGACAGAUAUCCGGCUGGAGGCUCUAAGCUCCGCCCAUCAGCUGGACCAGCUCAGGGAGGCCAUGAACCGCAUGCAGCUGGAAAUUGAGAAGCUGAAGGCGGAGAACGACCGUCUGAAGGUGGAGAAUCAGGGCAGCAGGAUGGGCUCUCAGGCCUCCAUCUCGUCUUCACCUCCUCCUCACUCACACGGCCAGGCUCAGGGGGGCGGGCCGACCCUGUCCCAGCACAGCCUCAACCUGACCACCAGUGAAUCCACCAGCCUGGACAUGCUGCUGGACGACACCGGCGGAGAAGGAGGGAUGAGGAAGGAGGGACGACAUGUGAAAAUGGUCGUCAGCCUGGAUGAGGACUGUAAAUGGGGAGAGGAGGGUCGGCCUCGUCAUUUUCUGAUUGGCUGCAUUGGUGUGAGCGGUAAAACCAAGUGGGACGUCCUGGAUGGAGUAGUCCGACGACUUUUCAAGGAGUACAUCACCCAUGUGGACCCGGUGAGUCAGCUGGGUCUGAGCUCAGACAGUGUGGAGGGAUACAACAUUGGAGAAAUCCACCGUCCCAGCAGCCCGAGCUCUGCCCAAACACCUGAGCUGCUGCCUUGUGGCUACUUAGUGGGAGACAGCAACACCAUCAACAUCCAGCUCAAAGGUGUGAGCAGUGAGAGCGUGGACUCUCUGGUGUUCGACACUCUGAUCCCAAAGCCGAUGAUGCAGCGCUACGUCUCCCUGCUGAAGGAGCACAGACGCGUCAUCCUGUCGGGCCCCAGCGGCACAGGAAAAACCUACCUGGCCAAUCAGCUGUCACGACACCUGCUGCUGCUAGAAGGUCGACCGCUGACCCCACACGCUGUUGUCACUUUCAACGUGGACCACAAGUCUAGCAAGGAGUUGCGUCAGUACCUGUCAGGUCUGGCUGAACAGUGCAGCGGUGUCCCAGGAGCAGAGAGCCCUCUGGUGGUCAUUCUGGACAACCUGCAUCAUGUCAGCUCACUUGGAGAGAUCUUCAACGGUGUCUUUAACUCCAACCUCCAACAGUGCCCUUACAUUAUCGGCACCAUGAGCCAAGCAACGUCGUCUGCCCCCAACCUGCAGCUCCACCACAACUUCAGGUGGGUGCUGUGUGCUAAUCACAUGGAGCCGGUAAAGGGUUUCCUGGGUCGUUACUUAAGGAGAAAGCUCAUCGAGACAGAGAUCGGCAGCCGGACUCGUAACAUUGAGCUGGUGAAGAUCAUUGACUGGAUCCCACGGGUUUGGCACCACCUCAACCGCUUCCUGGAGACACACAGCUCCUCUGAUGUCACUAUCGGACCUCGUCUCUUCCUGUCCUGUCCCAUGGAUGUGGAGGGAUCUAGAGUUUGGUUCACGGACCUCUGGAACUACUCCAUUAUCCCGUACAUGCUGGAGGCUGUCAGAGAGGGACUGCAGUUGUAUGGCCGUAGGGCUGCCUGGGAGGACCCUGCUGCCUGGGUGAUCGAUACUUACCCAUGGUCAGCUGCACCUGCUCCGUCUGAAUGGCCCCCGCUGUUGCAGCUCCGCCCAGAGGAUGUGGGGUUCGAUGGCUACUCCGCUCCACGGGAAGGAGUCAGAAAAGAGCCUCCACAGAGCGACAGCGACGCAGACCCACUGAUGAACAUGCUGAUGCGUCUGAAGGAGGCAGCGACGUCGUCAAGCCCACAGAGCUACGACAGUGACUCCAACAGCAACAGCCACCAGGACGACAUCCUGGACUCAUCGCUGGAGUCGACCUUGUGAUGUCGCUGAAACACUACACUGGGAUCCAUUUUCAGGAGGAACUAUUUCGAGUGAACUGUUCUCACUCUGAGAAUUUAAUGCCACAAAAUCCAGCCACCUUAGUUUGGGUGCAGGUAACCCAAAUAUUUAACAAGGAAACUGCAUUUCAAAAAACGGGCAAGUUCUACUGCACUGGGCUGUUUUUCUUUUGUUUUGUUUUGUUUUUUUUUCACCACUGUGGCCCGUAGCUCCUCAUGCCAGGAGCCUGACUUCUACUUCAGAAUAAAAGCACACAGCCUGUCGCUGUCAGCGAGCAUCACUAUCACCGUCAUCAUCAUCAGCCAUCAGCAUAUAAACACCAGCCAGGAGUCCUCCAUCCUCCAAGGGGUGCAGUGCACAUGAGCUGCCUGCAGAUGGCGACACAGGGCUGUGUCUGUGGAGCAGCAUGAGUUGAGCUGCCAGCUGAUCAGAUGGACUGGAGGGUGGAUGAACAGCCAGCUGCUUCCUGCUCUUCGUCUAUGGCUGAAGUUAUCUGUGCGACUGCUAAAGGAUAAACUCAGCCAAAGUGAAUGUUAAGUCCUACAUUACAACCCACACCUUUAAUUCUGAAUCAAAGUCCUAGUUACCGUUUGAUUUCACAAAUCUGUCAAAGCUGAACUUUUAAACUUAAACAUGAGUACGGGUAAAGCUGUAUGUCCACAAGGAAUGAUUACCACCAUAGAAACAAUAUCUAAGUCCUUAGCAGGAUCAUUUCUUUGUGCUGGAGUGAAGCAUCUUCAUUCACUAGAGGAUCCUGUCACUUUUCCAUCUUUGUCUGCAAGCAAACAGAUGAAAUUAAAGUGCAAACUAUAUCCAUAAAAAUCAGAAAAAGUUUAGUUGCAUUUUGAAUAAAAAUACAAAAAUGAUGAAUUAAUGCAAAUCAAACACUUUUGCAUUUAAUACAAAUUAAAAAAAUAAAUUUUGCUUGAAGUUUGCACGUUCUCGAUCCAAACCUAUGCAAACGGUAAGACACAUUUCAUCUCAUUUAAACGGACACUUUGCAUUGCUAUGGACAAAAACAAUGUUUUUUUUUUUUAAAUUCAAUAUCCCAUCUUUUUACAUUAAACUUCUUGGAUUUGCAAAAAAACAAUAACUAAAGGUCUUAUGUAUUCUCAUAAAAAGUGAGUGGAAAAAAAUUCUCAAAGCAAAAGAAAAAUUUUGGUCAGAUUAUCCAAAGAACGUGCAUGUCUGUCCCUAUUAACAUAUUUUGGAAUUAAGUCUCUUAUUAUAUCAGGAAAAGUUUUUAAUUAAAGGAGCAUCGUAGACAAAUUAAACUGUAAACAGAAGCACAUACCAGACCUAUUGAAAAAGAAAGACUUUUCUGAUCCAGAACAACAUCUGUACUCUAGAUUACUGAAAGCCCAGGCUUGGAGGAAACACCUCUGACUCUGAUUUUAACAUUCACUAUGGCUGAUUUUAUCCUUUAAUUCUCUUUAGGUGAUGUCCUUUUCUUUCAGUAUGUGAGGUUCUAUUUCAUUUCACAAACAACACCUCUUUCAAACAGUAGCCCAGAAGGUCCGUUGCAAAUGAAAAGAAAAAGAAAUGUAAUGUAUUUUAGAUAUGGGACAUUUCAUGAGACACAAAAAUAUUUUGCAAAGGCAAUUUUUCUAAUGUUAUGCAGAAACAUUUUAUGAAAUGUAAAAAUGUUUCAUGAGUUAUGAAGACCUUUUGUAAAUGCAAAGAAACAUUUCAUGGUACAAAAAAAAGAAAAAAAUUUUUUUGAGAAUUGUAAAAAACUUUCCUGAGGUUAAAAAAAAAAAAGUGAAACACAAAAACAUUUAGUCCCAUCACCAAAUGCUAUUGUUAAAAAAAAAACUUCAACUUUGAAACAAAACAAAACAAUGUGUUUUAAA